UGAACUGUUAAAGCAGGCUAGCUUUCACCGUUUGGUACAAUGAAACGGACUAAGUGCUGACCGACUCCCUCAUUUUCUUCGUUUUCUUCUUUUUCCUUCUGUCCGCCCUGUGCCGUGCGCUAUUACUCUCUUUCUCUUGAACAUCUACCAAAGCCAAGUAAUUUGCGUUGGAAUUUAAGCGCUUGCUGCAUGAAACUCGAGUUUGCAGUGUGUAGUAAGGAGCAGCAUAAUAAACAGGAAUAAUUAUGAUCGUAAGAACAACCUUAAUAAUAAUUAUAAUAUUAAUGUACUACUAGAAUUGCAAUAAUAUUAAUUAUUAUUUUUUCUUGUGCAGUGUUUUCCUGAUAUAGGAGAGUGGUACCAAAUAUACAGGAACUACUACUUCGACCCCAAUUUUGGUGGCACAGCCAAAUGCGUGAUGUACAAAACAUUCGGAGAAUACGGCAACUUCAGCACGACAGCAGCUUUCAUCUAUGGGGAGCGCGGAACCGGAGGAGCUAUAUGGGGUCGGCAUGCCCUUACUUCAACGCCUUGCUAUAGCGGGAAAAACCUCUUUCAAUUUGUUCCGCUCAAUGGCACAGGUGACGCCGUUCAAGAAAUGUACCACACAAUAUAUGCAGAAUGCGACACCUGUUUCUUUGUACGUCACCGCUACGUUGCAAACGGUUACGGAUGCAGCUUCUGGCGCCGGGUGUCUACAUUCCACAAUCAAGCCGACUGCUGUGAAUUCAUCUACGACGAAAACUGUGGCUCCACGCCAAAGUACCAAGUGUACCUUUCGUCAUGCGCGCCAGAGCUGGGCAUGCCAGGUAUUUAGACAUUAGAGUCGUCUGGCUCUAUUGCACUUCU